AACAGCAGCACCAAAAUACAUUAAAUUCCGUUGGGCGGGAAAUCUUUUGGAUUUUAAUUCGCUAAUUCACAAUUCAUCAUCAUCAUUAUCCAUUAACUAUAUAAUUUAUAUUUAUUUCUCUAUAUAUUUGAUUAUUGUUUUCAUAAAUAAUUCUUCAUCAUUAGACCGGAAAAUAGUAAAUAAUUUUCAAAUCAUGGCAUCAAGUGAUGUUCCAAUUGAAAACAACCAUAUAUCAACAACAACAACAUGGGGAAGUGCUGCUACUAAUACAAUAACAUCAACUCCAAGACUAUUGCCGAAACCUCCAGUAACACCAAGAGGAAGUACAAAGGGAAGUUUGACACCAUUAACAACGACAACAACAACCACCACUACUCCAAAUAGUACUAUUGCUAAUGUUGUUAAUGUAGGGAAACAACCUCCUCCAAUUACAAAUAUUAUUAGAAAUCGAAUAGAAUUGGAGGAAAGAGAAAAGGAAAAUCAACAAAAUAUUCAUUUAUCAUCACCGUUAACAUCACCAUCAUCAAUGCAUAAUAGUAAUACUAAUAGCUAUUCGAAUGAAUAUGAAAAUUCCUCAUACCUUUUCCAAGAUGAAGUUGAAGAAUAUAAAACACCACCCAAACAAUCGAGCACAUCAACUCCCACAACAGAAUCUUCAUCUGCACUUCCUCCUCCUCCACCUUCUCUUCCAUCAUCAAUGUCUAAAUUGGCUUUAAAGAAUGGAAAGAUCAAUAAUAAUUAUCAGAAAGUAGUGACGACCACCAUGAUGAGUCCUCCACCUCCUCCACCAAUAACAGUGGUGAGGAAUGCACCUAUUGCUACAAUAGCUAGUACUGCAUCACCAACAGUUUCGAAUAGUAGUAAUACUACACAACCAGAAUCACCUCGAUUGGAAAGAUACAAACCACUUCCUUCUGUUGCUAAAUAUAAGAGAGAUUCAGUGGUAAUUGCUAAUUUGGCCAGUUUACCACCUCCUCAAAUAAGUGAUAUGAAAGCAUUCCUUGAUAUUUAUGACAAUAAGAUACUAAUUGUUGAUUCGAGAGCAUUUAGUGGCAGUAAAACUGUUAGUGAGCAAUUAAUAUCAAGAUUCACAUUACGUACAUUGACCAUUGACAGCAUUUUAGGAAGGGGCUGUUCGGGAUGUGUCUAUUUAUGUAGUGAGAAUGGAGAAAAGUUGGCUGUAAAGAUUGUCACUCCAACUGCUACUUUUGCACCUAAUGUAAAAGCAGAGUAUGAACUAAUGAGGUCAUUGAAUCAUGAUAGUAUCAUGAAAGUCCAUGAUUAUUUUGAAAUGUUAACCUCACUUCAACCUGGAUCUUUAUUUACAAUGAAAUAUUAUGAAAAUGGAGAUUUGAGAAGAUUAAUUGAGGAUUUUGAAAAGAAGGAAAAGAAAAUCUCUAUUCAUCCUGAAAAUAUUUUUAUGGAAAAACAAACAGAUCACACUUGUAAAAUAGUAUUGGGAGAUUUUGGAUUGGCUAAAACUAUACAACAAUCACAUGGACUCUAUUCGAUUGUUGGAACAAUGAAUUACCUUUCUCCUGAAAUUGUAAAUAAUUCUGAAUACGGAGCAGAAACUGAUAUAUGGAGUUUUGGUGUUGUCUGUUACGAGUUAAUGACCUUAAAGAGUAAGCAAGUUGAAAGAGUGGUUACACUCCGCCAACAAGGAGCUCUCGUCAAUGACAUGCUCAACAGAUAUCCUCAAGAGGUUACCAUGAUCGAGUUGAUUGUUCAAAUGUUGAACAAGAAUCCCUCUGAUAGACCAUCAGCGGAUGAAAUUCUCAAACAACCAUGCAUGAAACACUUUAUUGAAAUGAAGAAAGUGUGUGAACAUAUUGUACAGAAGCUUACUGAAAGUUUGGCUUAUUUCCAGAAAAAUUACGAGUUUGAAAAAUGUGUACAGAUCAAAGAUCUUCUACAGAGUAUUAGUCAACUGAGAGCAGAGUCCUGUGAUUCGAGUAGACUCAGGAUAUCACUCUUCAAUGCAUAUACAUUCUUGGAAGAAAAAUUACCUGAAAAUAUUGACCUAAAACCAACUAAACCAAAGGUCAAUUUGGCUUCCUCUCCAGAAAAGCAAAUAACUACCAAGAGAAGAUCUAAUACCAAAGCUGGUGUAACAAGUCCAUCUAAUCAAAAUCCUCCAUCAUCCAAUACAACAAUAACUACCACCACCAAUAAUCAACCUAACUUUAGAGUAACCAUCUCAGGAGAUGAGGAAUUUUCACAUCAUUCUGAGGAAUCUGAAAAUUCCUCUGGUUCCACCGAUAGUUCAACUGCUGUCAAGAAAAACUCCAAUGCAAAUAGUUUAGAGCUCGAAGAUCCAAAUAUUAUUAGAAAGAGGUCAUCCUCUCGUAAUACUAUUAUAAAUCAAAUCAAGGGAUGGGUUGGUUAUGGAACAGAAAAGGAGAAAAGCUUUAGACAAACUGUGGUAAUUAAGCCACCAGAUCCAAACAAGUUCCAACACAGCCAUCACAUUGGAGUGGACGAUAGAAAUAGAGUGAGUGGAAAUUAUCCAAAAGAUUUUGAUUCAGUCUUACAAGACAUGCAUAUGGAACCAGUAGAAAGCCCAAUUGUUGAAACUCCCACUCCUGUCAUUAAAGAAGGAGAAGAGGAAGAAGAAAUUAAACCAAGACUACACAGAAGAUCAACAAGUCUAUUCGAAAAGCCAUCCCUCAAUCAAUCUCUAGAUGAGAUUACAACAGUCGCGAGUCCAACCAAACAACGUAGCUCGACUGUGAAAAGUAGUAAUAGCCCUGUACCACCAGUGGAGAUUUUAAAAGAUCCUCCAAACUCACCACCAAGUACAACAACUCCUUCGACACCCUCUAACUCUGAAAUACUCAAAAUUUCUCCACGAUUUGGAAAGGCUGGAAAGUUAGAAGUCAGUCCAACUCCAUUCGAAAUUACUGGUACUCCUGUAAAAUCUCCAAACACACAAAAUGGUGUGGAAAUUCCAAGUAUUGGAGGUGCAUUCAAACUCAUCUCUGACCGAAGACAACAAGAUAUCAUUGAAAAGAAUAUUGAAGAAGCUUGUAGCUCACCAACAGUUUCAAGAAGACGAAGGUAA